CUAGAUAACACAGACACAAAGUCAACCUGGGCUAUAUCGUAAAAAUGUAUGAAAAAAAUUGGUUUUUGAUCUUAAUUUAAGGGUAGGUUUAGAUGUGGUUAAUGUUAGGGUUACAUUUAAGAAGAGAAAUUGUAAAAAUAGGCGGGGUUUAGGACUUUGUGGCUGUGGUAACUAGUGACGACUCAUUCUCUUCUAAUGUCAGUCAGAGAAUGAUUUUCUCUGCUCCGAAAUCUGCAGAAUAAAAAGCGCAUGUUGUCGGUCAGCCUGGAAGAAAACUAAACGAGCAUACCUUGUCAUGAGUGUUUUCUGUCGCUUUCUCUCGAGAGGACUUCUCUGCGGACGGGCAACAUGUCGGUUUGUAACCGGACAGCAGGAUUUCAGCGGUGGCGGGCUGCGGAUGGCUCCGGCGGUUGGCUCGACCAGCCCUGUGAACCUAACCUAUGACGUGUUUGACGGGACAGGGGACGGCACCCCCCUGGUGUUCCUCCAUGGGCUGUUUGGCAGCAAGUCCAACUUCCACUCUAUAGCCAAGUCCCUGGUGCAGAGGACAGGCCGAAAGGUGCUGACGGUCGACGCCCGUAACCACGGUACCAGCACACACAGCGCCGAUCUGACCUAUGAGGCGAUGACCAAUGACUUGACGCACUUGCUCGCCCAGCUGCACAUCGGGAAGUGCGUCCUGAUUGGCCACAGCAUGGGGGGCAAGGUCGCCAUGACUACGGCCCUGUUGCAGCCUGGCCUGGUGGAGAGGUUGGUGGUGGUGGACAUCAGUCCAGCCCAGACCACCACCCGUACCAACUUCCACUCCUACAUCCAGGCCAUGAAGGAUGUGAAGAUCUCUAGCGACAUCCCUCGCUCGACCGCCCGCCGCAUGGCCGAGGACCAGCUACGCAAACUGGUCAAGGAGCGCUCAGUGCGCCAGUUCCUGCUGACCAACCUGGUGGAGCAGAACGGACACUACGCCUGGAGAGUCAACCUGGACGCCAUCGCCGCACACCUUGAUGACAUCAUGAGCUUCCCUACCUUCGAAACCACAUACGAGGGCCCCACCCUCUUCCUGGGCGGAGCCAGUUCUGCCUACAUUAGUUCUGAGGACUAUCCAGAGAUCCAGCGGUUGUUCCCCUGUGCAGACAUCCAGUACAUCCCAGACGCCAGCCACUGGAUCCACGCAGACAAACCCCUGGACUUCAUCAGCUCCAUCAGCUCCUUCCUGCAGCCCUAACUUACCCUGUUCACCCACCUAAUUACUAACCCUACCCUGCUCCAACCCUCUCCACCCACCACCACCUAAUUACAGGACAACCGCUGGCCUUUAACAUUAUUCACACUUGUACGGCACAGCACAAAGCCACUGUUAUCCAAUGGCGGAAAAGAACAAGCUCCAAAGGGCAUGCUGUGUUGCGAAGGCUCUGAGGGUGUCUGUCACUGCUGUUGCCUGCACUCAUCAAAGUUCAAAUAAUUGUUUGACCUUUCCAACGCAUGUGCGUGGUGUUCUCGCUGUGAGCAAAACGCCUUGUGCGAAUAAUGUGAAAGGCCUGUUAGGCUCCGCCCACUCACACUGGGGUCCACCUCUUAAAACAGCCAGUAGGUAGAGCUUCAAACCAGAGGAGGCACAGCCAUCUUAGUAGACAAUGCUAAUAUUGCUAACCCUGGACCAAACUCACUUUCUUUCCAUGCUGUUUAUCUUGCGCUUAAAGGAGCUGUAUGGAAAAUGCCCUUAAUAUAUCUAUAGUAAUAGUGGAAUGAUAGUGUUUCAUCAUAUUUUCUUCCCCAAAAAAGGUUAUUGGGCUCACACAAAAUUGCAUUCUAAUGGUGCAGCCUUCUUAUUGGUCAACAAAAGAUGGACCAUCUCUUGUGAAAUUGACAACGAGUUACAUAUAGCUCCUUUAACCGCCAUAUUGUAAUACAAUCAAGGAUUUGUGUAAAUGUAUUACCAUACUUAAUAGGUAUGUAAAUAGUAAGAAAAGUAGGUAGUUGGGUAGUCAGAGGUUGAGAUUAUAUUUAAAGUAGAUAGAUUGACAGUUUGUUUUUAAAUGAGGGAGUUGUUUUAGGUAUGAGUUACUAAUCCAAAGAUCCUCUCGUCAUUGUUGCACAGUACCAUUCUACUCUAAUCAGGUUGAUGUAAAUCAGCAUUGAGGAAAGGCUUCGAGCCAGGUCUUAUAUAGUCUAGUCUGGACAUGUUCUGUAUGCAUCUGGCUAUGUCUCAAAUGGCACCCUGUAUCACAUAUAGUGCACUAGUUAAAGAUGCACUAUGCGGAAACUGCUGUGCCAUUUCCUGGUUGCAAAAAUCCUAAUAGUUUGCCUAAUUUGAGUUUGUGACAAACAGAAAAGUAUAGUGUAGAGAAUCAUUGUACCAUCUCAACUGCUGUGAAAUAUUUUUUCCAUAACCUAAAAUAUUGUAUUUUUUUAGCUGUUUGAAACUGGUGUACAAAUCUGAAAGUAAAAGAUGCAAAAACGUAACUUAAGCACGGGGAGCAUAGAAAUAGAGCACAUAGAACAGAUCUACCACUUAGACUUGCUUUCAAUUAGAAUGACAGAUCUAUAACUCACAUUUUUAUGUGAAUUCUGUCAUGUCGCCCAAAAAUUUACAUAUUGCAGCUUUAAAAGCAGUGCACUAUGUAGGGGAUAGGGUGUCAUAAUAGCCUUAAUAUAGUGCACUAUGUAGUCCAGGGAUGUCAAACUCAUUCAACUGAGUGCCGUGUGUCUGCAGGUUAAGACCUAGACAACCAGGUGAGUGGCGUUCCUUACUAAUUAAUGACCUUAAUUCAUCAAUCAAGUACAAAGGAGGAGUGGCCCUAUGUGGAACGAGUUUGACACGUGUGACGUAGUGAAACAAGGAAAUAGGGUGUCUAAUUUGAGACAAUGCCUGACAUGCAUCGCAGCUCUAACCCUACAGUAUGGGGAAUAUGGUGUGAUCUGUAAAGCAGCCAGACUGUGUGUCUCUGGGAUGGGUAGACUAGAGGGGUGAUUCAGCAGGGAGCUUGGCAGAACAGGAGGGUUGGCGAUAUAAUCUCAUUCUAGUUCUGUGGUUGGAACCCUGGUUCAUAAUACUGACAGUGAAGCCUGGCCUGAAGACGAGCCAAGCGGAGAGAAUGUAAAGCACAGCUAAAGCAUUAUUUACAAAGCAUCUCGGAGUAGGAGUACUGAUCUAGGAUCGGUGUGCACCUGUUUUUGCCUGAUGACUCAAAUUGAAUUAUUCCGCUGCUCUAUCGUUCGCUACAUACUUCAGUCUGACUGCCAUCAUUAACCAGGCAUGUUUCCAUCCAACCUUUUUUUAUGCGAGUAAAGUACAUGUUAGGUAAAAAAUGCCACGAUAGCCUUGAUGGAAAAUGCAAAUUUGUCAGUGAACUUUCCAAAUGUAGACAAAACAAAAUACGCUAGACAAGGUGGGAUCUUUUUGUGUCGUAAAAUGUAUUAUGCGAGAACUGGGGGUCCUCCCAUUACGACUCGGGAAAGCAUGCAGUUUAUUAGGCUUAAUAUGAAAUAACUUAUGAGGAACUUCACAUGGUGGUGAAAGUGCAAGGUGAUGAUCUUGCUGCUUUCCAAUAAAUAUCGAGGGUCUUAUUCUAGUGACAUGAUGAUUGAUGUUUGGCUGCCGUUUGACAAAUAAAAAUAAUAUUUCUCUUAAUAAUUUAAUCAUGCAGGCCAGUUGUCACCAACCGGUUGAUCUUCAAGGCAUUCCUAGUCUAUCACCAAACAUUUCUGUAAAAAAUCCAACAUUAAAGGCUUGCGCUCCUUUUAAAUUCAUGUUGAGCUGUUGGUGAGAGGUGCGCUUGAUUUGAGAAGCACUGCGCACCGGGUAAGCAAAGUUCCCAUUUUGAACCAUUUCAGUUGUCUGAAAAGUUAAACUGGGGGACCGGGAGCUCUGUGGCUAAAUCGAGUGGGCCUACUGGGGUGGCCAAUCUGAUAUAUCAAAUCACAGUGCCUACAGAGCUUCCACGACCCCAGGCCAUAGCAAAGUUUGACACUAGCCUAACUUAGAUGUAAAACCAUUACCACAGAGAGACUGUCAAAGAAUAAAGCAAAGAGCUGCUCAUUUUAUGAGCGAGUUCAUGUUAAAAAAUAUGUAUUCAGCACUAUGCUCAGCUGUGCCUUGCAAGAGCUACACCAACUGAUCUAUAUUGUAAUCAAAUCUCAACUUUUUAAAUAUUGGCAGGCUAGGCAUAUAGCCAAUAUGCUGUGAUAAUAUAUUAGGCCUACUGCACAAACAUCAUUCUUACAACUGUUUUUAUUGGGUUAAUGUUACAUUUUCUUCAGUCAUGUUUAAAAAUAAUAAUCCUGAGCGGUAUAUCUCGUGUUGCGUUUUGACUGAAAGUGAUCUUGACUCAAAGGUUGGUGACCACUGAUCUGAGCUGUUGACUAAAGCGCACAAGCCAAUACGAGAGUGGCCACAUUCGCAUGUAACGCAACAUGUUUUUGUGACAAAACCAUCAGUAGGUUCAAGUGUUGAAAAUGCCAUGGAAACCCAUUUAACUUUUUUUAUUUGGUACAUGUGAAUCCGCAAAAGGUAUUUUUAUGUGCACUACGUCAUCACGCACAGCCUUUUAUCCACAAGUCCAUUUGACGGAAACUCAUCUCUGAUUUUUUUAUAUUCACAUGGAAAUCUGACGCCAAUUGGAUGGAAACCUAGCUAUUGAAGUCGUUUGCGGUGAUAUCAAAAUGGGGGGUGUUGUACAAAGUAAUCAGCGAUUGGCUCAUCUCUAAUUAAACCUCUACUUUAACCGUGUGUGUUCUGGCUCUGGCCCAACCCAUCUGUUUCCGGGACCAAUCAGAACGGUUAGAAUGUUUUUCCGUUCUAGAAAUCGUUGUGGAAGUACUCAGAUUUAGACUCAUUGCGGAGAAGAAAUUAACACCCGUGGGUGUGGUGCAGCUUUCGGCUGGAGCAAGGAGCUAGGGUAGCCAGGCAACCCCUGGGGGAAAAAAUAUAUAUAUGUAUCCUUCAUCAGCACUCCUAAUCCUACAAUGCUUUAUGAAUACGGGCCCUCAUUUUUUAUAUUAGAAGUCUGGACUAAAGGCAGGACCACUCAAGCAGAGGGAAUGUAAAGUACAACUGCAGCUCUGGACCAGAGAUUAGGGUGCUGAUCUAGGAUCUUUUAUUUUUUUUGAUCAUGGUGAAUAACAUAUGAACAAAGGGUGAACCUGAUCCUAGGUCAGUAAUCCUAGUCUAAGAAGCUUUAUGAAUAAGUGCUCUGGUUCUGUCUGAACUGACAUGUGGAUUUGGCACCUGAUGUCAGUGAAGGAACAUCUACGGCUCCCCAGAGAGAUCGGGGCUGUUGUGUUGCUGUGUGCAAUCGCUUUUAUACAUGGUGUUAAUUUGUGUGUUUUUGUGUGCGGUAUGUUACUAAGCCUGUGGGAAUUAGCCAGAAAGGAGAACAAAGGGGUGAAAUGAUUGUUACCGAAUGGAGUAAGACAUUAAGUGAAAGCACACAGUGUAGUCUAGUGUUAAAGCUGUUUUUUUUGGUAUCUUAUCCUCAGCUGGGGAAAAAAGGUGUUGCAAUUGAUGCAAACGCUUAGUAAGUCUGACCCUUAGUCUUUGGAAUUAAUUUCAGUAUUUUUUUCAAUGUGUAAAGGUAGUUUUUUUUUUGUGUCGUACUACUAGAUUACAUGUAAUGUAACACGUUCUGUUUGACCUUUUUUAUAGUGCGAUGUCAUUCAGAUAGCUAAAUAGCUACCUUUCUAUGCCAUUUAAGCGCUAAUAAAGCUAUAUCUUUCCA